GCAUGGUACGUCUUCUCGUCUUCUCGUCUUCUCUCACGCGCCUAAACCCUAAAUCACCGCCGCUGCGCCGUGCCCGCCCCGUGAGGUGCCGCCACGCCGGAGCGCCUCCGACGUCGUUGUCCGAUUCAUCCAGAGGUAUCAUUAGCCACAUCCUCCGCAAACAACUUCUGCAUAAUCCAUCAUCCGGAGCUAUGGCAGAAGCUUUGGUAAGUGAUGCGUAUCGCCUCAUGAGCGAGAGGCUAGCAGAUCUCCUCCAACUCAACGACAAACUCAAAGCUACAACUGGUAUCGAAGGGAAGAUGGAGAAGCUCAAGUUCUUGUCCACGAUCAUUGACAAGGUGAUCCAAGAGGUCGACUCCCGUCCUUUUAUUGAUGAUGCCGUGAAGGACUUGCUCAAGAAACUCAAAUACUUGGCCUGCGAUCUUGAGGAUGUUGUGGAUCACUAUGACACCAAAGUCUUGCAGAUGCAGAUAUCAAAUGCUUCUUUUGAGUCGGUGCGUGAUUUCAUCUCUUCUGAUAAUCUGUUUAAGAGCAGGGUAAAUUGCAUGAUAAAAGCUAUAACACAAAGUCUGGAUUUUAUUUUGCUACAAAAGUCCAUUCUUCUUAAUUUGCCACAAAGCAGUAGCCACAUGUCAUUAAAUCCCUACAGAGAGACCCACUCCCGAAAUAGCUUUGUUGUUAUAGGAAGAGAAACAGAGAAGAAUAUGAUUGUCAAUAUGUUAACAAAUGAUGAUGAUGAUGAUGAAGAAGAAAGCAACCAUGCCACAGUGAAGGUCAUUGCCAUCGUCGGAAUGGGUGGCCUGGGGAAGACUACACUUGCUCAGCUUGUUUACAAUGAUGCGAGGGUGCAAGAGCAUUUUGCAAGUUUGACAAUGUGGAAAAUUGUUGGGCCCGAAUUUAAUCCCACAAAGAUACUGAAGUCUAUAUUAGAAUUGGCUACUCGUAAAUCUGUCGGCAUCUCAGAAAUAGACUUAGUGAGACAGGAGCUAGAAACAACAUUAUCUGGUAAGAGAUUUUUGCUCGUGCUGGAUGAUGUAUGGAAUGAAGAUGCAUUAAAGUGGGGUGUACUGAAAGCAGCCUUAACAUGUGGGUCUAGAGGAAGCAAAAUUUUAAUGACAACCCGUAACCAAUGUAUUUCUUCCAUCAUGGACUCAUCUUAUAUCCACCAAAUGAAGCAGUUGUCCCCAGCUGAUUGUUCGUUCUUGUUUCAAAAAUUUGCAUUUGGUGACAGAAAAGUGGAUCGAACCUUGAUGGAAAUUGGUGGAAAGAUUGCUAAGAAAUGUGGCGGUGUUCCCUUGGCUGCCAUUUCUCUUGGUAGCAUGCUCCGCAUCACUCGAGAUGAAACCUAUUGGUCCUCGGUAUUGAACAGUGAAAUAUGGCAGUUGGGAAAUGAGGAAGAUAAAGUGUUAGCUGUACUAAAGUUGAGCUAUGACACCCUCCCUCCACGGUCAAAGAAGUGUUUCACAUUUGGCUCCUUAUUCCCAAAGAACUAUAGGAUGGCAAAGGAUGAAUUGAUAAAACUGUGGAUAGCAAAUGAUUUUGUACGUUCAGAAGGAAAUUUUGAUGCUGAAACAAAUGGCAACCAUGUCUUUAAUGAUCUACUAAUGGGGUCAUUCAUUCUCUGGGCACCUUCCAAUGUUUAUGAUGAUAGUCAUGUAAACAUGUGCACGAUGCAUGAUUUGAUGCAUGAUCUGGCACGAUCAGUAUCUGCAAAUGCAUAUUGGAAUUCUGAUCAAGACUCAGUGGAAGAUGUUGGAAACAGAACAUAUCAUUUGCAAAUUCAACGAGGAGAGGAAUCAAGCAUGACUCAGGUUUUAGGAAAGAAACCAUUGUACUUGCGCACCUUUAUGUAUAAUUCCUCACGUUUGAGCAUCAAUCUGCUUGAAGUCUUUUCAGAAUUGAAAUUUUUGCGGGCGUUAGAUUUAAGAUACGGCGGCAUCAGGGAGGUGCCGACAUCAAUAGGAAAUCUAAUACAUUUGAGGUACAUCAACUUAUCUAACAAUAUGAUUGAAGUUCUGCCCGACUCCAUAACCCUUCUCUCCAAUUUACAGUAUCUCAAUCUCAGUUUCAAUAAGGAACUUCGAGAGCUACCAAAAGAUUUAGGGAAUAUGCAAAGCCUUAGGGAUCUUGAUUUAUCAAGUUAUUUAUUUGAUAGUGGUUUUAAAUUGACACACAUGCCAUGUGGGUUGUCACGAUUAACUAAUCUUCGAAGUUUAUCUGUCUUUGUUGCUGGGGAUGGAACUGAUGCAUGCUCAAUUAUAGAACUUGAGGAUUUGAAGCUUCAUGGAGAAAUGGAAAUUAAAUUUUCUGAUGAUUUUAAGAAUUAUUCUUGUGGUGGAAGAAAAAUCUUGAAGAAUAAAGAUCUUAAUGAACUAUGCAUAAAGUUUAAUGGUUCAGAAAGAUAUGACAAGGACAUGUUGGAUGAUCUUUGCCCCAACACGAGCUUAAAGAAGUUAACCAUAUCCAACUAUGGGAGUCCACAAUUCCCAACAUGGUCGAUAGAUUUACAACUGCCAAAUUUGGUUGAAGUUUGCAUUACAAGCCGUUUUUGUCAGCAUCUUCCUCCGUUUGGAAAUCUACAGUUUCUUAAGAAGCUUGACUUACAGUGUAUGCAUGGUAUCAGACAGAUGGGUGUUGAGUUCCAUGGGUGGGGAGGCUUUCCUUCCCUUCAAGAACUCAUAUUGGAUGGGAUGCAUAUUUUAGAGGAAUGGUCGGAGUCUCAUGGUGUCAAUCAGUUGUUCCCUUUACUACAGCGAGUGAAGAUAAUCAAUUGUCCAGAAUUAAAAUGUAUGCCGAGGCUUCCUAGAAUCCAAGAGCUUGAGGUACUUUGGUGCAGGAGGAGGCUACUCUCAUGUGUUGGAAGACUGACUUCUCUUUCUGUUCUUGAAGUAGUUGAUGUGCGCGACAUGGUAUCUCUUCCAAGUGGCUGCAUCAGAAACCUCACAUCCUUGACGAAAUUAGAAAUUAUAUGUUGCCUACAACUCCAAUCUCUUCCUGGGAAUGAAAUGAAGCACCUAAAAAUGCUUCGUUCAUUGACCAUUGAAGGUUGUUAUAAUUUGACAUCCUUCCCGUUAGAAGUGGGGCAUCUCAGUUCUCUUUGUUUUCUACGGCUCUCAGGCUGCCCAAGUAUAAUAUUGCAUCCAGAAGAACUCGUACAAAUCUUGAAUUCAAUACCUGAGUUCGAAAUACAGAUUUGUGGCAACCAAGUCAAUUUACGUGAGCAACUGCAACACUUACACACGCUCGGAGGAUUGUUGCUAAUUGGUGAUCAUAAUGCACCAGAUCUGUUCGAGAACCAUGCGUAUGAGCAUCCAGAAUUAUGUAUUUGUUGUUGUGAUGAAUUGGAGUUGUUGAUGACAGCAGAAGCAGCAAGCAGUAUUGUGCUAGAAGAACUACACAUAAUUGGAAUUUCCAAUCUCACCACCUUGCCUGAUUGGUUGCUUCAUCUCAAAUCUCUUAGUUUACUAUCAAUCGAGAAUUGCCCACUACUAGAAAGACUGCCAAAGAAUUUGAAGAACAUACAUAUGUUAGAAGGUUUGACGAUUGCCAAUUGCCCACAACUGGAAAGUAGAUGCAAAAGGGAGACAGGCGAAGAUUGGCCGAUCAUCUCAUAUCUGUGAAAUAUUUAUAUACACUACGGGGAUUCAGAAGGACAUUUUGAAAAGGCCGAGGAUGAAGAUUGGGCGGAUGAAGACUGAGCAGAUGAAGACUCGGCAUGAGAGUUGCAUCUUAUGAAAUCCUUUAUUGCUAGUAAAUUUGUUUUAAGUUUUUUAUUUUCAGAAACUUUGAAAGUAUAUAUGUGGUUUAUUAUGCGUCACACUAGGACUUCAUUUGUCGUUGGGUACAUUAUGAUUUUCCUCUCUUGGUGGAUGCUACGUGGGAUCUUUUUGUUGCUUUAUGGUGGUGUUAUGUAAUAAAUAAACUAUUUGAUAUUGAGUUUGACAAUUAUGUGAUUUGAUACUGAUCAUUUGCAUA